AUGGUCUCCGUGAGGUCAAAACCGUUGGUGCAGAGCAAAGAUGCUCAGUUCUUAAUCAUUCAAGAUGAUCAAGAAGAGAGAAGAACCCAAUCCAGUCGAGGAUUUAUCUGGAAGGUUGCUCUCCGAUUCCUCGUAAUCUUCCUCUUUGCUCUGACUGUAUCACUGACCUUCGCUUUCCUCGUAAAGUCAAUGAAACAACAAUAUGUUUCCGUCAUGGAUCAUUCUAACUCUUUCAGCCCAGAAAUCGAUGCUCCUUCUCUUCCAUAUGUUGAUCGAUACAUCGCUUUUAUGGCAAAGUAUUCACGUGAAUAUACCAACAACCAAACCAUGGAGAAGUUCAAGAACUACGAAAAAAGCUUGAAGUAUAUUGAGCUUUUGAAUGAACAAGAGACUUAUGGAGCUGUUUAUGGCGAGAACGAUCUGUCUGACUGGUCAGAUGAAGAGUUCGCAAAGACACUUCUUCCCAAAACUUUCUACAAGACACUCCGUAAAGAAGCCACUUUCAUUCGUAAUGAUCCUCCCACCAGAGAGAGAGCUGCUCCUCUUCCCGAGCAUUUCGACUGGAGAGAUAAGAAUGUUAUCACCCCUGUUAAAGCUCAAGGACAGUGCGGAUCAUGCUGGGCUUUUGCUGCUACUGCUACCGUAGAGGCAGCUUAUGCUAUUUCUCAUGGAGAGAAGCGUAACUUGUCUGAACAAACACUCUUGGAUUGUGAUUUUGCAGACAAUGCUUGUGACGGUGGAGAUGAAGACAAGGCCUUCAGAUACAUUCAUCGCAACGGAUUAGCUUAUGCCACUGAAUUGCCCUAUGUAGCUCAUCGUCAAAACAGCUGCAGCGUACACGGAAAUGUCACCAAGAUUGAGGUUGCUUAUUUCCUUCACCCUGAUGAGAAAUCCAUGAUCGACUGGCUUGUUAACUUCGGACCCGUGAACAUCGGUAUUUCUGUUACUCAACCCAUGAGAGCUUAUAAGGAAGGUGUUUUCUGGCCAAACGAAGACGAUUGCAAAAACAAGGUUAUUGGUCUUCAUGCUCUGAUGAUUGUUGGAUAUGGUGUAUCUGAACGUGGAGAACCUUACUGGAUCGUAAAGAACUCUUGGGGAGAUACUUGGGGAACUGAGAAUGGAUACGUCUACUUUGCUCGAGGAGUGAAUGCUUGUGGCAUUGAAGACGAACCAAUUGGAAUCUUAGCUUAA